AAGUGUCUUUCAAGGUCUUCAGGCUUCAACUUUUUAAUGCACAAAAGUGCAAUGAGAUCAAAUGGUAAACGGCAAAAAGCAAAGAAUACUGUGGUUGAAGAAAAUUAUGGCAGCGUUUUAUUUCGUCGAAACAUGGUCCCUUAUCAUCAUGUGGAAAAAGAAACUAGAGUAUUUUGUAAUUGGCAUUUGCUAUCUGGAGCACCACUUGAUAAUCCAAUUAUUUUUGAUAUGGGAUUUGAAGACUUGAUGAAGAGGAAGAGCUUGGUUGAUUUAUGUGCACAGCUCACCACGACUUUAAAUUAUAAUACAACAGUACACUACCCAGUACCUCUAUUGUUUGCAAAUCUUGACCAGGAUUCUUUUUUUUAUCGACGUAUGAAACAGUUUAAUGUGCAUUCUUUUCCGGACGGUUGUAUGUCUGUCACAGAGAAGGGAUUAACUGAUCUCGAUAAUAUUCCAAUUGAAAGUUUGAUAUAUUUAUCGCCAGAUGCCACAGAAACAAUCAACGAGUACCAAGAAGACAAAGUUUAUGUCAUUGGGGGUCUGGUAGACCUCGGGGCAGUACAAGCACAAAAGACCACAUUGACGAUUGCAAACGAAUUAGGCAUUAAAAGGCAGAAGCUGCCAUUAUCUAAAUAUUUGUUGUGGGGAAAUAGAUCGGGUCGGCGCACCUUGUCUCUUGAUAUAAUAUUUAAGGUAUUGCUGGAGCUUCGAUCAACUGGAAACUGGGCCAAAGCUUUUCAACAUAUUCCAGUAAGAUGUCAUAGAGGUCUCACAGAAUGUGGAAUAGAGGAAGCUGAGAAAACUAAAGAUAUCAAUCUAAUGCGACAUUAUGCAGAUAUCUUUCAACAUAAAGAAAGAGUGUCAAAGCCAAGAAAUAAUAAAGACAGUUAUCAGUUCCUUGCAUGGGAUUCUAAAGCAUGACAUUUCUGCACAAUAUAUGAUCACAUUGGUGGUGUUAAUUGGAGGCAUUGCAUUCCUAUAAUUAAGAACUAUUAGUGCACAUAAAAUAAUUUAUUGAAGUCCAUGCAUAUGGAACGCAUAACUGAGUGAUAUCCCAUGUUUCGGCAUAUGAUAUUAUCCGAAGAACAGUAGACUUAUUCAAAAAUGCCUCUUUCUAAUUCUGCCAGUGGAAUACCACACUGAACAUUGUUUGCUGAUGUUCAUAAUCAUAACAUUUUAAAUGAUUUCAGAGUGAAAAUGGUAUUACAAUUCCAUUCGGGUCUUUAUUUAUUAAAACAACUUGUGGGAUACUAAUGUCGGCUUGACCAUUCUUUACCAGAUUCACUGGCGCUCCUGAAGUAUGUGCACCAAGAUGGUGCACAACCUAAACCCUAACCUGGUACAUAUACUAUGUUCAGGUUACACACCUCACCUCUGUAUGUUAAAUCAAUUGUAUCAACUGAAACUAUCUUGUGUAUUGCUGUUUAAUUUACAAGUUAAUAAUUACUAUGAGACAUAGUCCUGGUUAUUGUGAUUUGAAUCAAGGCUACUUGAUUCAGAAACGUGAUUUCUGAAGGUUUUUAAAAACUUUAUUCUAUGGUUUUAAACAAUUUUACAUUUUGAUGUGUAUCAUGCAACUAUAUAUUAUCGGCUCUUUCACUAAUCACCAAGAUGUAAUUUCUUCCACUAAAGAUUAGUAGAAAACUUGGUAAUUAAAUGAUGCAUUUCAAGUUUUGUUUGCAUGGUUGUGAUUGGUGAAACAGGUUGUUUGUAUUAUAGUUUUUUGAAAUGAUCUUUGGUAAAAACAGUAGAGUAGCAUGCAAAUCAUCAUUGUGUACUGAGUGAAGUUCCAGGUAUGUCUGUUUCCAGUAUUUAUUGUAUCAUUUCGAUUUCUGCAUAUUCACA